AAACCUAGACCCAAUGUCUAUCCAAUUAGGUAGGGAUAGGGUGGAUCUCUUAUUUAACCUAACUCAUUGACAUUUAUACAAGUGAUAUUCAAACUCAAACUGAAUUUGAAAAAUUUCAUUUUGAAAACACUCAAGAUUACUCGAGUUUUUUUUCCAAGGGAAAAACGUUAGUAAGAGGUAUUAUUGCAAAUCAAGCUCCGAUUAUUAUUCAUGAAAAUAUUUUUUUGAUUCAUAUGAGCCACGAAAAUCGUACAAAGUACAAACAAGAGAAAAGGGGGAUUCAAACCUCUAGGUCACGGUAACUCAAUCUUAACCAAUUACCAUGGGACAUGGGUUCAAAGUUAAAACAUAAACAGAAGUAAAGUAGAACUGUAGAACUCUAAUUUAUCCUCGUUAUUGUCGCCCUUCUUUCUCUAUUCGAUUUCAGUUGAACUACUUCCACUCUCUCUCUCUCUCUCUGCUACUUCUACACCUCCUCCAUUAUCUUCCUCCCUCAACUCAAUUACUCAAAACUCAUCCAUCUUCAUUCUUCCUACUUUUCUCUCUCUUCCAUCAACAAUGGCGUCCACUGUUCUCUCCCACUCUCUCUCCUCUCCCCUCAAUUCUCACUCUUCUCUCUCUCAUCGCACCAAUCUCACUCUCUCUCCUAAUUUCACUCCAUUUUUCUCUUCACUAAAACUCAGAUCUCUUUCUCUCUCCUCUUCACCCUCAAUUCCUCCCUCUUUCCUCACCUACGCUUCUUCCGACGACUCUGCUACCACCUCCAUUGACGAAACUCCCAUCGAAAGAAGAUAUCCAGCAUUUCCUACUGUUAUGGAUAUUAAUCAGAUUCGCGACAUUUUGCCUCACCGGUUUCCGUUUCUGUUAGUGGAUAGAGUGAUCGAGUAUAAUCCAGGAGUUUCUGCGGUUGCAAUUAAGAAUGUUACAAUUAAUGAUAAUUUCUUUCCUGGCCAUUUUCCUGAGAGGCCGAUAAUGCCUGGUGUUCUCAUGGUUGAGGCAUUGGCACAAGUUGGUGGAAUUGUGAUGUUGCAACCAGAAGUUGGAGGCUCCCGUGACAAUUUCUUCUUUGCUGGCAUCGACAAAGUAAGAUUCAGGAAGCCAGUGAUUGCUGGUGACACAUUGGUGAUGCGGAUGACACUUAUCAAGCUACAAAAACGGUUUGGUAUAGCGAAAAUGGAAGGCAAAGCAUAUGUUGGAGGUGAAGUAGUUUGUGAAGGAGAGUUUUUGAUGGCUAUGGGUAGUAGUAGUUCUAGUGAAUGAUCUUAUUUUUUUUUAGGUUUCUAUUUGUUUUAAUUAUUUGUUCUUGCAAUCCUCUCAAAAAAAAAAAUUGUUCUUGCAACAUUAAUUUUAAGUAGAAUGUGCUGAAGAUAUAAACUUCUGCAAUUCUUUGCUCACAAUGUUUAUCGGAAUCCAGUAGUAACUUAAUACAUGAGUUGAGUUCAUUUUA